AGGGGAUUGUGUGGGACAAUCCUCCAUCCUUCCGUGCGGGAGCGGCCCCGCACAGUCUGCGCGGUACGGCUGCUCCCGGCCCCUCGGGAGCGGGCUCUGAGGGGAUUGUGUGGGACAAUCCUCCAUCCUUCCGUGCGGGAGCGGCCCCGCACAGUCUGCGCGGUACGGCUGCUCCCGGCCCCUCGGGAGCGGGCUCUGAGGGGAUUGUGUGGGACAAUCCUCCAUCCUUCCGUGCGGGAGCGGCCCCGCACAGUCUGCGCGGUACGGCUGCUCCCGGCCCCUCGGGAGCGGGCUCUGAGGGGAUUGUGUGGGACAAUCCUCCAUCCUUCCGUGCGGGAGCGGCCCCGCACAGUCUGCGCGGUACGGCUGCUCCCGGCCCCUCGGGAGCGGGCUCUGAGGGGAUUGUGUGGGACAAUCCUCCAUCCUUCCGUGCGGGAGCGGCCCCGCACAGUCUGCGCGGAGGCUCGAGAAUCUGCAGGGGCCAUUCACUGUUGCUGGGCGAUCUGGAUAUUGAAACCACAACAGCGUCAGUGGGAAAUCAGCCUGUGAGUCCUGGGCUCUCCAGCAGCUCCCAGUGAUGCCUGCAGGAAGGGACCCAGCCCCACAGCCCUGCCCGGGGCACAGCAGCACCAUGUUUGCCACCGUGAGAUUUGGAGCCAACUGCCAAAUCAUGGUGAACCUGCUCUGCUGCGUCCAGACCCUCAUGGGCCACCUGAAGUGGAAGUGUCAGUGCAGGCCUGAAGACUGCAUCGAUCUUGUGGAUGAAAAGGGCACCCUGAUGAACCUGAGCAAAGUGGAAGAUCCUGCAUCUGAAUAUGCCAGUAAAUACCUGCAGGGAAGGCAGCGCUACAUCCUCAUCAGAGUUGUCCGAGAAGAAAACUCUGAAGCCACCUCCUACGAAUCUUUGCUAGAGGAUCUGGGGAAACACUACCCUGACCUACCAGAUCAGCUGGAGCAGCUUUCAGGAAAGAUCCAGCAGACAAACCAGAGGAAGAAGAGCUCCUUGCCAACUGCUCAGCCCCAAGCCAAGAGCAGGGCCACCUUACAGAGCAAGAGGGGCUUGGAAUCCAAGAACACCCCAAAAUAAGGAACACACCCAUUACCAGUCACACAGCAGCACAGCCCCCACCAGGGCCCAAACACCUGCCCAGGUACUUAUUCCCAGCACAGGAAGAGUCCCCUGCUACUGAGCCCCUCUUCCUGGGAUCCCCUGUCCCUCCCAGAGCUGCACCCUGACAAACCCAGCAUCCUCCUGCUUCAAGGGCUCUCACAUUCCCAUGGCACGGCCUGCACUCCCCAGGGACAAGAACCAGCACCUCCUUCCCACCCACCUGCACUGGAGUGGCCCUGCAGGGACUGCCCACUGCAGUCACCAGGAAAAGCUGCUCUAGAGACAGCCAGCCCCCACAACUGCAAAAACAGCAUUUUGCCAAGAUGGCUCAAAGACAGAUCACACCUGCUACAGGUGCUGCUGCUGGUUCUGCUUAACAGCUUCUCCACCCAGAGCAACACAGCAACAGUCUAAUACACUUAUUUCUUAAAUGGAGUUAAAUAACUUUGGAGUGGUUCCUCUCUGCUCACACAGCACAGCUCAGCACAUGGAGCACUUGGGCUUUCAAUCCCUGGCAUUUACUUUUUCCCUUGGCUGUCUCUCAAGAGACCAUAAGACAGCCCUGAUAAGGCCAGGCACAGCUCAGGACAUCUCUACCAAGAACUUAAGACUGUGACAUUUAGAAGGGGCAGAACUUUGAACACCAGCCUCCACUAUCUGCUAACAGCAUCUGCUGCCAGCAUUUACCAUCCAGACUUGGACUUCCUCACAGAUCCUAGCAACAGGCUGAAAACUUGUCCUUCAUUCAACAGACAAGGGAUCAAAAGGUGAAAAGACUCAUUCUGCCAUGAAAAAUGCAUCAGUUAAGCACUUAAAAAUGUCCUGGUUUCAACUGCUGUGCCACAAAAACUCCAGCUGAAUCCCUUUACACCAAUGUGAGGAACAAAGUGUCCUUGUUCUGCUGGAGGCCAUGGGCAGCAAUCACGAGGCUGUGCUGCCAAGGUGACUGCAAGAGGAAAGCAGCUCCAAACUUCACCUGAUGCCAGUGACCUUGAGAACAUUGCAUAACCUGCUAAUCCUUUGAAGUUACAUCAGCCAACUGUCUCCAAGCCCCACAGCCAGACAGGUCACACUCUCUUAGCUCUGAGGUCAGGAAGGUAUUCAGGAAGAAGAUAUCUAUAGAAGAGUAAUUAGUCACUGAAAAUACUGUGGGACACGUUUGGCUUACCUCUCUGCAGCCUCUCCUCUGCCUGGAGGGCAGCCAGAGUCUGGAUCUCCUUCUGCCAAGUCAUGCAGGCACAAUCCUUGCUAGGCUGCACCCCCUGCUUCCAGGAAAUACACACCUGUACCUUGUCCUUUGUCUUAUGUUAACGUUUUGGUAGCUUAAUUUUAGCUUGAGAAUUAAAUAAAGAACAUGCACAAGUGAUAGGUCCAAAUAAAUUCUUUUAUUUCUCUGUAAUAAAUACAGCACUAUCUGAAUACUGAAGACCCUUGGGUCCAAUCAUUCCUUUCCUUCCCUACUAGUUCAGAAGUGAAUUACCACUAGAAUACUCCUGUCUGGUCAGUCUGCUCCCUUCAGCUCACUCCCUGUCUGUCCUUCCACUCCCUGUGGCUAGCAGGGCUCUACACCAUGAUCCUCUUCCCUACCAGGGGGCAAGUUCUUCA